AUGUCCUUUCCAUUACAGCCUUCGUCGGGCAUCUUUCAGCCCUUUUCGAAAGAUCUGACUUUCAAUACAAGCGUGAUCUUCUCCUAUUAUCGAUUUCUCGAGAUGAAAGAAUUAACCCGACUCCCGCCCGAGGACGUGAGAUAUUUGGAAAUGAAGGGAUGCUUACAUGUUCCAAGUGGGUCUUAUCUGGACGAGUUCGUGCGGCAAUACUUUCUUCAUGUUCACCCUUGUUUGCCGAUACUACAUGAGGGGGAUUUUUGGCACAUGUACGCCCAUAAGCGGGAUGAUUCACCUCGGCCUCCUACCAUGUCGCUGCUUCUUUUCCAGGCAAUGCUGUUUGCCGCAUCCACAUUUGUCCCCUUGACGGUUAUGAAAUCCUGCGGGUUUGAGAGUUUCUACGCGGCAAGGGAAAUUCUUCACCAACGAGCAAGACUCCUGUAUGAUUUUCGAACCGAGUUGAAUUUUACCGCCAUCUCCCAAGCAUCACUUUUGUUGUCACUUCACUGCACGCCGCUCGACGCGCACGCCAACACAUCAUGGUUGUCGACAGCCGUUCAAUAUGCUCAGGCCGACAAUGCACACCAUUAUUACCGCCUCGCGGGCCUGAGCGACCAUCAGCGGAGGCAGAAGAAAAGGCUGUGGUGGAGUUGCGUCCUCCGGGAUCGCAUACUCGCGGUUGGGACACGGCGAAGUAUUCAGAUCACGCCCGACCAUUUCGACUUCAGCCAAGACGUGGUGACCGAGCAGGACUUUGCUGGUGAGAUGGAGCAAUCGCAAGCCUACAACUUGGAGACCAAACGGUCUCUCGUCCAAAUCUUCAAUAUUCAGUGCAAGCUGGCGGUGGCAAUGACGUCGACAGUCAUGAGGAUAUAUCCACUGAACGGUGUCUCCAUCCCCGUCAAACCGCUCAAACAUGACUUCCUCCAGGCGCACAGUCAUAUCAAGCAAUGCAAACAGGAAUUAACCAGGUGGGCCGAGAUGGCAAAAGCACCGCUGGCAUCGGGCACGCACAAUAUGACCACCCCACACCGUUCGGUGACACUUUAUGCGGAUUUGACCUAUAUAUAUUACUUUACCACCAAAAUCGCGCUGUGUAACUAUGCGAUGUCUCUAUUGAACGAAUAUCGUGCCAUCGUGAAGGACUUCGUAUGGGAACAGAAGGCCAUCAAAACAGAGCUGGAACAGAGUAUCAGGACCGUCACGAGGAAAGUGAUGGGUGUCGUCACUCACGGAUUAGCGGGUCACCUCCCGAUAAGCGCGAUCGCCUACACAGCACUGCCGCACGUUUUACUCUCUCUCGACGUCAAGCUUUCGUCCACGGAGUCCCAAGUCGUGAAACGCAAGCAACGACUGUGCUUCUAUGUAGAAGUAAUGAGGCAGUACGGCUUUCGCUUCGACUUCGUAAACGCCAUUUCGACCAUAUUCAAGAAGCUCCUCCGUCAAGCCGAGAUUCCUUCUCAGUCGACCGACUCUCCGACGGAUCGCGCCUCGUCAGCAAUAAACGUACGGGAUUUCACCCCACCGUUCAGUCAUCCCAAAAGUUGGGUGGACGUUCUCGAUCGACACCCGCAGAUCUACUUCCGAUUAUCAUUUUCACUGGACUAUUCCUUGGCCAAAGGCCAGUAUCCGCGUGACGACGACCUCCCGAGCUGGAUCAUUGGCCCUCAGGAUCACGGCCCACCAGAUGCGGUUGAUCUGUUGGAGCCGGUCGAAACGACCAAACUAAGAGAGGAUGUUCCAACGAAUAUGUCGCUCCACACGGACGAGCGUUUGGGGAGGUCUCAGUUGCUUCGUGAAGAGGAAUCUUUCUCAUUGCCCUCAUAUUCCUUGAUCCCGACUUGGAGCGAGGAGAACUUAUUCCUCGAAUCCGAAAUGUUUGGACUCUCGCAGAGGCCGGGUGUAUCAGCAUUCGAAGGACUUGAGGCGUAUUCAGACGUAAGAAGUGAGGAGGACGCAAACCAUGUCAUGCCAAAUUCGAUGCAAAAUAUGUUUGCUUCCGUGCCUACAGAUGUGAUGGAUUGCUCCACACGGGCGUCACGAGUCACGGGGCUUUCUAAGGAGCAGGAUUAA